AUGACACCACCGACGGGACCAGAGACCGAGAAGAGGGUUUCGAGAGCUUGCGUGAGCUGCAGAUCUCGUAAGACCCGAUGCGACCUUGGCGUGCCUGGAGACCCUCCAUGUCGGCGAUGCAUCGAGAAGAACCAAGAAUGUAUCCUCGCUACAUCUCGACGCGGUGGUCGUCGCAUCAAGGGCCAACGUCUUGGUUACUCUAGAUCAACAAAUGAUUCUCAUCAACCAUCGCCAAGCAGACCCAUCAACCGAAUGAAUCAGGUGCCAGCACAAGAACCCCGUGAACCAGACCAACAUAGUGAAUGGUUGUCGUCAAAUCUUGGAUCACCUCUUGAUCAACAAUUCGAGGAUGAUGAAGAGCCUACAGGUGAUGCGGUGCGACUCAAAGGUCACUUCACAUCGUCAGAUCUUUUAAACCCGUCUGAUGCUUUGGAUCUGUUGGCUCAUGUGGCUGAUAUGGAACCUGAGGGGCAUGCACAAACACAAGACGCAGAAGGUGACCCUGAAAACUCGACAAGGAUGGCAAACACAUCCCAGGGUGUUUGUGCCUAUCCACCCAUUACCUCUGGAGCAUUGACUCUUUCUGAGGCAGCCUUUCUUAUCGAACACUACCAUGAUAACUUCCACAUCUUCUUCCCCAUCGCAUACAGCGCCGCCUUCGACUCCAGCCGCAUCCUGGAACUCGUCGAACACGAACCAUACCUAAUUACAGCCAUCCUCACCGUCGCCACAAAAGAUGAUCCCUCGUGGUCCAGAGCCCAUAACGCCUGCGCUAGGCAUAUGGAGACACAGAUCUCCAAGCUGAUAUAUACCGGCUCGACCACAGUCGGUGCCGUUGAAGCUUUAUUGAUACUAGCAGAAUGGGCACCUCAGCCACUGGAGGAGAACCUCAUGAUCGGUUGUGGCAAAGAGGACCAGGGUUCAUGGAUGCUAGUUGGUGUUGCUAUCCGUCUCGCGUAUCUGCAGAACCUUGAGCAGACUGGACUUGUGCAAAGAGUUGAAGGUGCGCAAGAUAAUCUCUGUAGAAAGAGGAUAGCUUGGGCUGCUUGCUAUAUGAGCGAUCGUCAAGUUUCGAUCCGUCUCGGAAAAGGGUUCUGGUCUCGUGGUCCAGGCCCAUCCGUCAACCUUCGAGCCGCCGACUUUCCAUAUCUCCAAACUCAAAAGCUUGGAAACGAUAAUCUAGCCUUACUCUUUCAAGCACAUCUUGAAAUUACUCAGCUAUUCAGUAAUGCACAUGACAUUCUAUACUCAUCAACAAGUCAUAGAGAGCAAUUAUACAUAGGAGGAGAGUACGUGAGAUACAUUGAUGACUUCUCCUCCGUUCUCCGCAGAUGGAAACUCUCCUGGGGCGGUCUCAGCUUCAUCCCCCGCGUCAAAGCAUCUCUUAUGCUAUCAUAUGAUUUUCUUCGUCUAUAUAUCAACGCAUUUGCUUUUCAAGCAAACCUCAAUCGCAUUGUUCGUCGGUCAAAGAAGAGACCGUCUGGUCCCUUGUUCUCGGAACUUGCCGCUGCCCCAGAUGCAAGGUUCAUCUACGAGUCUAUCGACGCAGCAAAUUCUAUCUUAUGCACGCUCAAUAGCUUUAUAGACCCCACUGAAGCUUUCAAGUAUAUGCCGCUCAAGUUUUAUCUUUAUGUUAUCUAUGCUGCAGUAUUUUUAUUCAAGGCCAUUUUUGCUGGGGCUAUCAAACCAUCAGAAGCACGAGGUGUGCGCCGUGCCAUCUACGAAACUAUUUCUCGUCUACAGAAAACGUCGAAUAAUCAACAAGGCCUCGGUCAGCGCUACGCUAGAUCUCUUAGGCUUCUCUGGUUGAAGAUGCUAGGAAAGUCAAGAUCACGGAACCCUGAAGUUGAAGGACCAUCAGACUGUUUGGCCUUGACUAGCCACGGAGCUUUACAGUCGCAGGCUGAAUCGAGUGAAGGAAAUAUGAACUCCGAUCCAUUUAAUAGCUUCUCAUGGAAAGAUCUUCAUUCAUUGGGUGAGUUUAUAUCAAAUGAUGGGACAUCACUUUUCAAUGAUAAUUUCAUUAUAAGUCCAGAACAGGACUCGGUACAAGGAGCGGAAGGACCUGAACACUUCAGUGGAAACUUUUACUCUGGCUCAUUGGGUGAGAUCGACAUAAUAUUCUAA